UUUUCCGUAAUGAUAUCACGUCCGUCCGAAUAAGUCGAACAACGGAAUAAAACAAUUUUAAAUCUGAAAACGAACCGGCUACACCUACAACUGCUGCGGCCUAACGGCUACCGGUGCUCACCGAACAGCGGAUAGUGGAUACCCAUUGCGGUUGCACGACGAUAUUUUUUAUAAUAUAUUAUUAUUAUGAUUACGAGUUAUGACAUUACGUUAUCAAUGACGAAGACUACGAAGUGCGAGUAACGAGUUACGACGGACGACGACGACGACUGCGACGCGCGCGCCGAGGAACGUACAUAGCGGACAGUUGGACAGGCUGCGUGCGCCGUACAAAAGAUGGCUGUGCUGUAAACAAAAAAUAAAUAAAUAAAUGUCACGCCCCUUUUAGAGAAUAAUAAUAAAAAAAAAAAAAGAAAAGAAAGAAGGAAAAAACCAAAACACCUUUUUUUCCGUCUUCGCUAAUCGGUGCACAUUACGGUCGGGGUGUGUUUCGCGUAUUUUUUCCGCGAUAUUGUCGUUACCCGUGAUUAUUGUCAUCGCCUCCGCGGUCCAAGUCGACGCCGUCGUCAAGCCGAACGCCGCCGACCGGUGUGUUGCACCGCACGGGACCAGUGACCACCGACCACAACGCCGUACAAGAGCGCCCUUUGUUUUGCUGUGCUGUUGACUGACCAGACGACGACGACGACGACGACAACACCGAACGCCGAUUAAAAAAUUAAAUAAUGACUGAAUACAAACUGGUCGUCGUCGGUGCUGGCGGCGUCGGUAAAAGUGCCUUAACAAUACAGUUAAUACAGAACCAUUUUGUGGACGAGUAUGAUCCAACGAUUGAGGAUUCUUAUCGUAAACAAGUAGUAAUUGAUGGAGAAACGUGUCUACUCGAUAUUUUAGACACAGCGGGUCAAGAAGAAUAUAGUGCUAUGCGUGAUCAAUAUAUGAGAACCGGUGAAGGUUUUCUUCUUGUAUUUGCUAUUAAUAAUACCAAAUCAUUUGAAGAUAUCAGUAAUUACAGGGAACAGAUAAAACGAGUAAAAGAUGCAGAGGAUGUCCCUAUGGUUUUGGUAGGAAAUAAGUGUGAUCUACAAAGUAGAGCGAUAGAUGUUAAAGCAGCAUCUGAUUUAGCUAAACAAUAUGGUGUACCAUUUAUUGAAACAUCUGCUAAAACGAGACAAGGAGUCGAUGAAGCAUUUUACACUUUGGUCAGAGAAAUUAGGAAAGAUAAAGAACAAAGGUUGCGAGAAAAACGUAAAGCAAAACCAAGAAGGAAACGCAAGCACUGUUACCUCUUUUGAAUAUAAGUGAAACAAAUGGAAUUUUUUUAUUUAAAUUAAAAAAAGGACCUAACAAGAGUGUCCUCGUCAUAUUUUAAUUAAUGUAAACACACUUUAGGCUCAGGGAAGUGUGUUUUCAUCAUUUAUAAUAUUGUUCAGUUAAAAGCAUGUAUUGAAUAUAUUUAUUUGAAUGAUAAACAAAAAACAAAUAACUUUUGGAAUCCCGAUCAAUAGAAAUUUAUGUUCAAAGAAAGAACAUUAUACAGAGGACCCCUUUAACAAGUUGACAUCUUGUUUUGAGAUCCGAUUUUAAUAUUGCUAUUUUUAUCGUCUUAUUAUUAAUAAAAAUUUAAAAAAUAUAUAUUUAUAGUGUUAUUCGAUUAUCUAAAAUAUUUUCCUGCCCCAUUUAUUUUUCUCAAAAUCGUGCUUCCAGUAUUCAUAGGAGCUAUUGAUUUGUGCAUAGGCUUUACUACAAUUUUUUUUUUCAAUAGGUACAUGAUUUUAUUGUUUAACAUCAAUAAACAAUACUAUUGAUCAUAUCUUUUGAACAGUUCACUGGUUCAACUACUUUUUUUCUUUUUCAUUUUACUUAAAUCAUAGUAUAAAAGCAACGAAAUGCAAUACUUUAAUUAUUUCUAGUUAAAUGUACAACAUUAAUUUAAAUUAAAAAUACGUUUGGUCAAUAUAAAACUAUGUUAUAAUUCCUGUUCAAAUUACUUUUACUUAUUUUAUUAGAAGAUUUCUAUUUCCACUCUGCCUUGUGAUCAGAUGUAGCAUAUGUAUAUUUUAUUAAUAAUUGUUUUUUUUUUUUUUUUUAUACAUAUAUAUAUUUAUGAUAAAAUAUAUGUUUGACCUGAUCAGAAGGUGCAGAUGACUUACAGGGAUUAUAAGUAGGACAUCCGUGCCAAAACUAUACUCACUAUUCAAGUAUUUAUUUCUUAAGUCUUAUUUUUUAUACACGCCUAAUAUUAAAUAUUCAUUAUGAUUGUAGUUGUUUCAAUUUUAUUAUUUAUUAUUAUUAUUAUUAUUAUUUUUUUUUUAAUGAUAAUUUUUUUUAGUUAAAUUGUUUAAAAUACAGGACUAAUACUUAGUGAAAGAGACCUUUGGCCUUUGGGGAUAAUUUUAUUAUUGCGAAAGAACAAAAAAAAUAUACUAUAAUUAAGUUUACUAUUUCAACAAAGGCCUCAUUGGACAUUUAUAAUACUCAUAAUUUGACUACGUUAUAUAUAUUGUAAUUUAACGAGCUUUUCAUGUCGAAGUUCAUGUUCGAUCGAGAUGUUAAGAAAAUCAUUUUUUAUUAGUAUUUUUAUUUAAUUUUUUUAAUUUUUGUGAUCAUUAUAUUAGGAUACAAUCAGCAUGUUAUUACCAAAACUUAUUAUAAUAUAAUGCUAUCUGAUAAUAUAUUUAAAAAAAUGUGAAUUUUGAUUCCUUUAAAA